UAUAAAAUGACCAGCAUUAACCCAGAUUGAUCAUUCACAGUUCACUGUGCAGCAAAGUAAUACUUACCAAAAUGGCAGCUAAGUUCGUCGUUGCAGCUUUGUUGGUGGCAGCCGCUCAGGGCAGCGCGAUCCAUGGCCCCGACUACACAAGCUUCUCUUACGGCGUGGCGGACCCCCACACCGGUGAUGUCAAGAGCCAGCACGAAACUCGCAUCGGUGAUAGCGUGGUGGGCCAGUACUCGCUGCUGGAGUCUGACGGUCAUCGCCGCACCGUAGACUACGCCGCCGGACCUCACUCUGGAUUCAACGCGGUCGUCCGCAGAGACCCAGCCCUAGUUGCCCACGCCGCUCCCGCUGUUGUUGCCGCUCCUCUGACUCACGCCGCCCAUGCUGUAGCCGCUCCUCUGGCGUAUGCCGCCCACGCUGCGCCCCUCGCUGUCGGAGCUCAUUUGGCCCCAUCUGCUGUAUCAUACUCUGCUCACAGUACUUCCGUUGCCCAUGGAACUCCUCUUGCCCAUGGAGCCGUUGUAGCCGCUCCCCUUGCUCACGGUGCCGUCGCCUACGGAGCGCAUGGUCUCGGUCUCGGUGCCCACGGUCUCGGCCUCGGUGCCCACGGUCUUGGCCUCGGUGCCCACGGACUCGGUCUCGGCGCGCAUGGUCUCGGACUCGCCGGUCAUGGUCUUGGCUACGGCUACGGUCAUUAGGGUCAUAUCAAACAACUACUAGGCAAUAAUAAUAUAACAACGGAUAUACUUGUAAUUUAUUCUAUCGACAUGUGAGUAAAUGAUGUGCAACUGUGAUUGAAAUUUAUGAAUAAACUUGUAAUAAGUUUAACACA